ACGUGCGGGCGUGCGGGUGUCAAGAGUCGACGCCCCCCAAAGAUUUUGACGUUACAGUCGUCAUUGUAUUUCUCAAACGGGAUGAUACAACCCGCUUCUAGGGGCACACCCCAAGCGGUACGUUUGUGUUUAAUUUGCCACGCUGAUGCUCCCGUUUGGCUAGUGUCACUGCUGUUGUAGCACGGGAAAUGCGUCUCGGCUGAGCACUCAGCAACAGCGAAGCAAGGACGAAGCCGCGGCUGCCGAUAGAUAAAAUCCUGGAAGGGAAGGAGCCGAUCCUCGUGGAGCCGCGCAGCGAUCUGAAGAAACGGGACAAGGAAUGGGGUCGUGCCUGGGCCAGAUCGGCGCGGAUCGGUGUCGUUUUACAACCGUUUUUGGAAAUCGGAACACAAAUUGCCGAGCUUUGUAUUUCGGUGGGCGCGCAAUGUCGAUUGUCGAUUCCUGGAAAAUGCUGGGCACGUGCAAUGCGUGUGUGCACUUUCCUGGUGUUCUUUCGCAUUGCCCUGCGCGUGUUAACCGAGCGGAACAUAAACACGGACGGAUAAACUGUAAUUGGCAUCCUGUUGUGAUACUUUUGUUCGCACGAAAGAGGAGGUGCACAAUUAAUGCAUCCCGGUCUCAGCAUAUUAGAGAUAAGAGGCGUUAUAUAUGUAUAUAAUACACAUUAAUUUAAAAAUAUAUGAUUUGAAAAUGUUGAACCAACCGUGUCACCAUUCAAUGUAACUGCUUAUUAUGUAAUAUUUUACUUAGUUUGUACUGUAGAUAUAUCUGCCUGUGUUUUGCUUCAUGAUUGUUUUUAUAUAUGCACCGUAAAUGUGACUUUUUACUUUCUUUCUUUAUACAAUGGUGCCAGGUUCCAAUUGUUCUGUGCAGGUUUCCUGAAAAGGUAACAACACCCUCGUGGAAAAUAACGGAAUCGGACACGCACAAGCCAAAGAGAAACGGCGACCCGAAAUGUUUCCACCGUGGCCUUAAUAAUGCAGCACGCCUCCCAACAUCCUCCAAAACAAGGCACGCCGGUGGUCGGCAUGGUGGCCGUCCAUGCUAGAAGCAAGUGAAUCGAUGGUCCAUAGUUGUAAACACAUUUGUUGUUUUAACUCCAGUGCGAGCGAAGUGCUGAUCAAGCUGCAGCGUUCAGCUCGGCGAGGAGUGAAGCUACCGCACAAACAGCGAUCGAGCGAGAACGAGGGGGAGAUCUCCAUCAGGGAGCGAGAUGUCCUCACGGUCUUCAACGAGGGCGUCGGCGACGGCUGGUUCGAGGGCACCAACAGCCGCGGCGAGAGAGGCCUCUUCCCGGCCACGUACGUGGAGUUUCUGCCCGACGAAGACGACGUCGGCUGUGGUGUCAGGGACGUGACCGCGAACCUCCGUGGCGGAGUGGCCUCGGCGGGUCGCGAUGGGGGCCUGGCGCAGACCACCACCACCGCUGCAGCCUGGAGCGCCAGCCACCAGCAGCAGUCGCACAAUUUCAAGACUUUUUCAAACCAGCAACAAACUCCAGCAGGCACGUGGCCCCAGCAGCCCGCAGACCAGGACCAGGACGACUGGGAUGCAGACUGGGACGACAACUCGUCCACCGUGGACAGCGGCAGCACCUACGGCCAGUUCGGGGCCAACGGCACGGCCACCUCCGCCCUGGGCGUUUCGUCGCUGUCUCGCUACGUGAAGGCCGGCGGCGAGGCGUUCAUCUCGGGCGACGUGACGGGCUGCACCGUCAACGUGGGUGACCGAGUCCGCGUCGACAUAGCGGACCGCGGGCCGGCGUGGCCCGACAACCCGUUCCCAUUCACCUGCUCCAUCGAGGACCCCACCAAGCAGACUAAGUUCAAAGGCAUGAAGAGCUUCAUCUCCUACCGCCUGACGCCCACGUUCACGGGGAGGGCGGUGAGCCGUCGUUAUAAGCACUUCGACUGGUUGUACGGUCGCCUGGUGCAGAAGUUUCCCGUGGUGUCGGUGCCCCACCUGCCCGAGAAGCAGGCGACCGGGCGCUUUGUGGAGGACUUUGUUCAGAAGCGCAGGCGGGGCCUCAUCCUCUGGAUGAAUCAUAUGACGGGCCAUCCGGUGCUCGCGCAGUGCGACGCCUUCCAGCACUUUCUCACGUGCACCGACGAGAAAGCGUGGAAGCAGGGCAAGCGAAGGGCUGAGAAAGAUGAUGCCGUGGGAGCCAAGUUCUACCUGACCAUUAGUGCACCGCCAACGUCACACCUGGACCUGCAGGACGUCGAGGCACGGACCGACUCUUUCAGAAGCUUCUCCAAAAGAAUGGAUGAAAGUGUGGUCCUGCUCAAUGGCACGGCCGGGGAGAUGGCACGCAAACAUUGCAUUGACUACAAGCGCGACUUUCAGAAGAUGGGCCAGGUGUUCGAGAAUCUUGGACAGUCGUUUGAGCAGGAUGAUCAGCACUAUUCGGACAACCUCACCAAAGCAAUCACCCACACAGGCAACACCUACGUGGCAAUCGGGGAGCUAUUUGCACAACAGCCACAGCAGGAUCUCCAGCCCCUGAUGGACGUGACGUGCCUCUACCAAGGACUGCUCGCCAAUUUCCCAGACAUCAUUCACAUACAAAAAGGUGCUGUGGCUAAGGUCAAGGAGAGCCAGCGGGCAGCCGACGAGGGCAAGAUGGACGCCGGUCAGCUGACGGAGGUUCAAACGCGGACCAACACGGUGUCGCACGCGACCCUAGCGGAGUUCAACCACUUUCACUGCACGCGCGUGAAGGACUUUGGGCAGAUCAUGCAGCUCUACCUCCAGCAACAGAUUGCGUUCUACCAGGCCAUCGCCGGUCGCCUGGAUGAAUCCUUACAGAAAUACAAAAAUCUGUGACGGAGCAUUGUUGGCGAGGACCCUGCUCAAAGUGGAGGUUUGUGACGAACGCUGUGGACUUCCGUUUCAAAUUUUCCUGCGGUGCCUUUGUGGACAAAGUGUCCUGAAAACAUGUUUAAACUUGGACACGCACCGAUACGUACUUUUUGUGCCUAUUGUAGGACCUGAAAGCCUUCGAGUUGAAAAUGUUUCGUAGGCGAGAUUUUCAAAGCUGUUGUUUGCCAACGGAAGAUUAAAGAAAGAAAGAAAAAUCAAUGAAGUAAUAGAAAUCAAGCACGUAGUUAGGGUUUCCUGACCCCUGUUGCGCUUGACAAAUGAUGCAUGAAACAGUUAACUAAAAGCAUGUAUUCUGGAAGUAUUUAAUGCCAUAUUUAGUGUCGCAUCGUACAUUUAUCACGGGUUAUGAAAUACGCAGGCGUUUUUGUGAAAUGGCUCUUUGUAGAAGGUUAAGUCAGCCGUUGCAUACUAAGCUGCCCCCCCAUCCACCCCCCUCAAACAGCAGAUGAUCCAGGGAACAUGUUACGGUAUUUCUGAGUUUUCAGUCAAUGUGGAAAAAAAUUGCAGCCGUUUUGCGCCUUUUUUUUUAAAUGAAAGUAAUGUCUUGGCACAAGUAGAGGCUGCUUCUUCGGUCCGCCUGUGCUGCUCAGGUCACGUUGACCGCAAAGAAUGUAAGAGGGGGGGGCGACUUUAAUCGCUCCACGUGUCACGAGACGUUUGCAAGUCUUUGCCCCCUCCUCGGCUUUUCCUUGGAAAGAAGAGGUGAGGAAAACUCGGUGUGCGUUCGACAGGAGCUUGCCUGUGUCACAGUGGAGUCUGCGAUGUUCAAAUAUGGACCCCCCCCCCCCCCCUCAGCCCACUUACAGGCAAUGAAUUUCAAAUUACUUGAGUGUUCACAGUAAAUUGAAAAUACAAACUCUCAGAUACUGAAAAAUUAUAACGAGUUAUAAAUUUUGUUUUCUCUCUCAACAUUCUGUGCUGUACUUAUUUUAAUACUCGUCUAGUGCAUGUGACUCCACACAUACUCCCACCCACCCACCCAUUAAAGUGACGAUUCCAUGUAAUUCCUAAGACGCUUGAGAUUUAAAGGGGGUUCCGUGUUCGCCCGUGGCGAUGUGCAAGUCUCGUUGCCGGGGUAACACAGAGACAACACACCGACUCUGCGUGUUCUCAUGGGGGUUACUUUGGCAUCUUGUUGUAAAGCUGCAAGUUUUGUCACUGAUAAACCAAAAUAGCUGAUAACAGUUACAAAAAUAUGACUUUUAAAACACCGUGUUCUAAAGCCUUAUAUAAACCGAGCCUCAUCAUAUAUUUUUUGUUGCUGUACUAAAAACCUUUAGAUCGCUGUUAGCGGCCACAAUGUUACUACAUGAUGCCUUCUUCCCUCUUACAAUCAAUACAAUCAAUCCAAUCAAUACAUGUUUUAAUUUAGUAUCGAGCACUUCACGAAUAAAAACAGCAUAACGGCAAUACAAUUCCGUGUCGAUAACUCGGCGGCAAUAAUAAGUAAUGAAAACAUUAAUCACAGAGAUCAAUUAAAAUGCAGUGCUAUAGAGUGUAAAACAAGUGAACGAUAGCUUGCGUAAGUGUCUUAAUCGAGAUUAAAAACCGAAACCGUUGACAACUCCCAUACGGAAACAGGCAACAGCAGAGUCCAUCAUUCGGGGGGGGGGGGGGAUGCGAAUAGCCGAAUGUACCACCACCUUUGUUUUUAAACCCUUAGGGUAAGUGAGCAAUCCUGCAUCCUGGUCGCGUUGGUAUAUAUACGGAGUUAAAAUAUUUAAAUAUGAAGGGGCCAAGCCGUUUAAUGCUGUGUGACCAUACAAUCGACCCCUAAAUCUCACAGGAAGCCCACAUAGGGCUGCCCAUACCGGUGUGAUGUAAUCAUGUCUUCUGCUUCCUGUUAAAAACCUCAGGAGCAGCGUUUUUCAUAAGACGCAGUCGGGUUUCACGCAUUUCCGUGAAUUCCAGCAAAACAAAGCAUUGCUAUAAGCAAGCAUUGGAUGUUAUGAAGGCGUCAUUCUCUGCAUAUUCCAUGGAAAGAAAGCAUCGAAAAAUCUCACUUAGAAAAAAUUUGUCUUGACACAAUUUAGUGGGAACGGUAUGAAACACAUGUAGUUAAUUUUGU